GUACUGCCUCCACACUGAAGGCUGUCAGGGAUACAACACCGAGAGACGGCGCUGCAACUUCUUUUCCUGUAAUGGCACGCUUGAUGUCCUCCACCUCCACGACAAGCGCUACAAGCCCACUAAGUUCGGAUGGCGGGAGUCGAGCACCCGCCCUGGGUCGUGGAGGGCCGUGAGGAACCGCCCGCUUCUGGUGCACACUCGGGACAUCUACCCUGGAGGCUUCCCCAAGGAGUUUUCCAUUCUCAUCACCGUCAGGCCAGACCUCGGCAACAUGGGUAUGCUCUUCAUCAUGCAUCGGGCUUACGGAGGUGAAGUAUACCUGGGUCUUGGACUGGGCACUGGCCUGGAGCUGCUACACACUGGACCUACAAGAGAGGAUGACGUCCUGCCCAUCAACGUGGCUCCCAUCAACGUCAACCUUACCGACGGACAUUGGCAUCAGCUGGCGAUCAGUGUACUGGAGGACAACAGCAUCCAGGUGUACGUUGACUGUCGGUGGAUCAGUCGACAGAUGCUGCGACGCUCAACGCUUGAGAUCCCCAUGGACACCCUACUGUAUGUGGGGGGCAUGCCGGGACGGAGCUACCAGGGGGAGAUGGAGCAGUUCACCAUCAGUAGGUCUCCUGACGCCGUGGCCAAGCAGUGCAAACCAGAACCCAUUCCAAUCAUCGAUAAAACCCUCCAGGACACGGGACGACCCCUGGGCCUGGCUGUGCACGAGUAUUCCAACCACCUCAACCAACACCUAACCGACCCCCACCAUGACUACCACGACUCCAAUGAAUACGACUACGGCGAAUAUGGCGACGAGUUCGAUAUUUAUGGCAACGUAGAUUACAACGACUUUCCCGACUACGUAUACGACGACUAUGCUGACUUUGAAGACGGGCGAAUCUCGAGCACUCACGAAUGGAAUGAUGAGAAUAAUUAUAUAGACGGAGAGGAGAGCGAGAUGACAGUAGAUGAUAGAGAAGAGGCAAGAGGAAGGGAAGAUAAACACAGUGAGAUGAAGGAGAUGUCAGACACGGGGGAUGAGAGGCAUGAGUUAGGUUCCUCCACCACAGCCACUGACGACGAGGAUCUGAUCGAGGGUUCCGGUGUUGACGACGGCAAGUAUGAGUUAACGUGGUCAGUGUGGUCAGGCUGCUCCACUUCCUGUGACGGCGGAGUUCGAAUACGCUCCUACCGAUGCUUACCCAACCAACUGCUCUUCGAAGAAUGUGUCCAUGCAGGGAUUGAGACGCAGGAACAGAGAGCUUGCAACCUACAACCAUGCCCUUCAACCACUCCCCGUACCACCACCACCACCACCACCAGUGAACCCACACACCCAGAGAUGGAUAAGAUGAUCCACACUAUACCGUACAUGACAUCCACCGAUACCUUCUCGCCCCCGCCUGUCACAGCUACUCCCUUGGAUCAGCUAAUGACCGUCACUGCCACCACCACCACCACCACACCAUCCCCUCCUCACACUACCACAACUACUCCCAUUACGUCAACCACAGCCAGGGCCAGAGUGGUGGAGAUGCACCCGCUGUUCCCUACCACAGUGGUGAGUGCAGCCCAUCAGCCUGUCAGCGAGCCAUUCUAUAACAACACGUCCAAGAUGUAUCUAGACGACAAGCAUCACAAGCCCUCCAAGAUGGACGACGCCAGACUGGACAACUCUGUAUGGCAGGAGACGAUGACGGAGAGGGACAUGAACGAGGUGCUGCCGAGGGGCGGCCCACCACCUGUGUCCUAUAGCAAGAGGACGUCCUGGAACCACAAGUGGAGCUACCAGUAUCACCACCAUCACCACCACCAGCAGCAGCAACAACACCGCAUGAGGCAUCACCACAAUAAACAUACUGCGAACCAACAUGGAGAGUGUGCAGGGGGGUGUCUUAACCAGGGCCUCUGUGGGUACGGCGGGGUGUGUCACUGUGCCCGUGGCUGGCAUGGGCGCCGCUGUGAGAUGGCUGAGUGUGGGCGUGGCUGCGUCAACGGUGGUGUGUGUGUGGCGCCCGACACUUGCCGAUGUCCACCUGGAUACUCGGGACCUCAUUGUCAGGACGCUGUGUGUAAUCCAGCUUGUGGUAACGGUGGGACGUGUGUCAUCCCUGGCCUGUGUGUGUGUCCUUCUGGCUAUGUCCCUCCUCUCUGUACCCCCAUGUGCACGGUAAGAUGUCUACACGGCGGGGAGUGCACGGGCGUGGAGCGAUGCACUUGUCCUGGGGGUUACACGGGUGCACGGUGUGAGUCAGCAGUGUGCACGCCCUCCUGUCAACAUGGCGGCCGCUGCGUCGCUCCCGGCGUGUGUUCCUGCCCUUCUGGUUAUGGUGGUCCAAUCUGCCAGCGACCUGUGUGUCGGCCACAGUGCCAGAACGGAGGGACGUGUUUGGCACCGUACCUGUGUCGUUGUCCUGCCGGCACUCUUGGCACUUACUGCCAGAAAUUUCUCUGCUCGCGUGGGUGUGGCGUGGGCGGCGUGUGUGUUGGCGUGGAACGGUGCAGGUGCGGACGUGGAUUCUCAGGACCCUCCUGCACCACACCCAUCUGUGACCCGCCGUGUAGCAACGGAGGAACGUGCACCAGCCCCGGAGUAUGCACCUGCCCCGAAGGCUACUCGGGUCUCUGGUGUACAAACAGGAAGUGUAAGUACGUGCCCAAACAGGUAGCGUACACUAGGAGUUACAAGAAGAUGGUGCCUCAGAGAGUUCAGACCCACUGCGGUGCCUGGGGGUGGAAGAGCUGUACCUCCGUCAGGCAGGUGUACCAGACGGUCACCCAGAAGUUCUACCGUACCGUCUACACCUGUGAGCCAACCCCCUAACGCCCCCGACACCCCUCCUCUCGACACAUGACUGAAGUGUUAAAAAAAACCUAAAAAAAAAAGAAAUUUCUAAUCCGAUUAUCUAGCUAAUGAUCUGAAAGGAAAAUGAUUGUGUAAUCUCAUUUUCAUAACAUCGGGCUACUAUUAUAUAUGUAACUCAGACAUGAAAUUGAUAUUGAAAGUGUAAUCUGAUUUCCACAUCAUGGGAUCACUAUUGCUAAAUGUAAAUCAGAGCUAAAGGCAAAAAAAAAAAGAAAUAAACUUUAAUCUGAAUUC